AUCUCUGUAUUAUAUUAUUAUCUGAUCAGUAGUCCCUCUCGCUCGUCAGUCCAAUCCAAUCCAAUCACUCAGCAGCGAGAGGGAGGCAGGCAGGCCAGAACAGUCCUAUUCUUCAAAAAUAAUACAACCUCCUCCUCCUCCUCCCUGGCUGCUUGCUAUCAUUCUAUCAACAAUAACAACAUCAUCAAAUCAUUUAUUAAUUUCAUUGUUGGAGGCCAUUCACCCAAAGGAUCGACGAACUAGCUGCUGCUAACAACAAGAUCCCAAUUAUUCAGACAUCAUCAUCAUCCGCCACUCUCUAGAUCCCAAUUUCAUCCCUUUCUUUCUUUCUUCCCUUCAUUCCUUGUUCACUUUCUUCCAGUCACAUAAUCAAUCCUAGUUCUGUUUUCGUCCAGUCCAUUUUGGCAUUUAGGUCCAGGAGGAGAAGAAAAGAUUAAUGGUGCUCAAUACAGCUGCUUUAUAACAAGAAAAAAAGAAAGAUUUUUUUUUUUUUUUUUUUUUUUUGAUCAGCUCAAGUAUGGGAGGAAGAAUAUUAUGCUGGGAAUUGGGAUUUCUGGUUUUAGGAUUCUUUGGAGUCUGUUCUGCAACCCUUUCUCCUACUGGAAUAAACUACGAAGUUGUAGCUUUAAUGGCCAUUAAAAAUGAUCUGAAUGACCCUUACAACGUUCUGGAGAAUUGGGAUAUCAACUCGGUAGAUCCCUGUAGUUGGAGGAUGGUUACAUGCUCACCCGACGGUUAUGUUUCCGCCCUUAGUGGCCUCCCAAGUCAAAGCUUAUCAGGGAUUCUCUCCCCUGGAAUUGGAAACCUCACUAACUUGCAAUCUGUGUUGCUGCAAAACAAUGCCAUUACAGGUCUGAUUCCAGAUGUGAUUGGGAAAUUGGACAAGCUUCAGACACUUGAUCUUUCUGCCAAUAACUUCAAUGGUCAGAUACCCACUUCUGUCGGUGAUCUCAGGAACUUGAAUUACUUGCGACUCAAUAACAAUAGUCUUAUUGGACCUAUUCCUGAAUCUUUGUCCAAUGUUGAAGGUCUUGCUCUCGUGGACCUUUCUUUUAACAAUCUGAGUGGAUCAUUGCCUAAAAUCUCUGCAAGAACAUUCAAUAUAAUUGGCAACCCAUUAAUUUGUGGGCAGAAUUCAGGCAACAAUUGUUCUGUUAUCUAUCCAGAGCCAUUGUCAUUUCCAGCAUCUGAAUCGGAAUCGGGUAGGAAAAAUCAUCGUGUGGCUGUAGCUUUGGGGGCGGGGCUGGGUUGUGCAGUUGUGGGUGUAGUUUGUAUUGGGUUACUUGUUUUGUGGAGAUACACACACAAUCAACAGGUUUUCUUCGAUGUUAACGAUCAAUAUGAUCCAGAAGUAUGCUUAGGGCAUUUGAAAAGAUAUAGUUUCAAGGAACUACGAAAUGCGACGGAUCAUUUCAACGUGAAGAAUAUUCUAGGGAAAGGUGGUUUUGGAGUGGUUUAUAAGGGAUGCUUGAACAACGGUAGCCUUGUUGCGGUAAAGAGGUUGAAGGACUAUAACGCCGUUGGCGGGGAGAUUCAGUUCCAGACGGAAGUCGAAUUGAUAAGUUUGGCAGUUCAUCGCAAUCUCCUCAGGCUUCUCGGCUUCUGCACCACUGAAAACGAAAGGCUUCUCGUUUAUCCAUACAUGCCAAAUGGGAGUGUAGCAUCCCGGCUAAGAGGAGGAGAUCAUAUUCGUGAUGGUGUUGCUGUCUUGGACUGGUCUAGACGAAAGAAGAUAGCGUUAGGUACUGCACGGGGAUUAGUAUACUUGCACGAGCAGUGCGACCCCAAGAUCAUUCAUCGCGACGUUAAAGCCGCCAAUAUUUUGUUGGACCAAGAUUUUGAGGCGGUUGUAGGAGAUUUUGGGUUAGCCAAACUCCUCGACCAUAGGGAUUCUCACGUCACCACCGCCGUUCGAGGCACCGUUGGCCAUAUUGCUCCCGAGUAUCUCUCCACCGGCCAGUCAUCAGAAAAGACCGACGUUUUUGGCUUUGGAAUCUUGCUUCUUGAGCUUAUCACCGGGCAGAAGGCUUUGGACUUUGGCCGGGCUGCAAACCAGAAAGGGGUCAUGCUUGAUUGGGUUAAGAAGGUUCGUGAAGAAGGAAAGUUGCAUGUAAUGGUGGAUAAAGAUUUUAAGGGAAAAUUGGACUGGAUAGAAGUAGAGGAAAUGGUCCAGGUGGCGCUGUUGUGUACUGAAUUCAACCCGGUUCAUCGUCCGAAGAUGUCGGAGGUGCUUAGGAUGUUAGAAGGGGAUGAUGGGUUGGCUGAGAAAUGGGCGGCGGAGGCGGCUGCUGCUUCUCAUCAAAAGGUGGUGGUGGAGACACCAAAAUGCCUUCUCCUCCUUCCAACUGGAACUGCUGCUGCUGCUGCUACUCAAAGAUACUCCGACUUCAUUGAAGAAUCAUCUCUCGUCAUGGAACCCAUGGAGCUCUCCGGCCCAAGAUGAUGAUGACGACGAUGAUCGAUCAUCCAUCACCUACAUUGCACUUUUAACCACUAAACAUUUCUUUCAUCUCUAAGAAUACAACAGAUUAUUAUCAUUAUUAUUAUUAUUUGUACAGGAUUUUUACUUCAA